AUGUACAACGGAAAUAAGGAUUCAGAUCUUGAUAAUAUCUUUUCAAGCAGAUAUGAUAUUGUGCCGUGCUUUCCUAGGCCGAUGAGAGAUGCCUUUUAUAGAGGAAAAUUUGUUCCAUUGGAAGAGAGAACAAAUUUUGGAACACUCUAUGAUCCAGUGGGUAAAGUCCUUGAGUUGAAAACUAUCAGAGAGUUUGGUAGUCAACCUUCCAACUCUUCAAUAUAUGGACCUUCGGUGGUGGAAGCCCAAACUAUUGACACAAAUAAUCAACAGAAUGUGCAACCUACUGCUACAGUUCCUCCUGAGAAGAAAAUGAAGAUAGUUGAUUCCAUAUCAAAAGUGGGGGAUCAUUAUGAAAGAAUUUCUGAUAGUAAUGGUAUUACUGUCAAAGCCAAGUGUAUGUAUUGUGCCAAAAUUUAUCAAUGUGAAUCCAAAAGACAUGGUACUUCAUCCAUGAGAAACCACAUGAUUAGUUUUCUGAAAAUCCCUCACUCUAAAGACACUAGGCAGUCAUUGCUAACCUUUCAAGCUGUUACAAAUUCUGAUGCAUCUCCUACUACUGUUGGUGAGUUAGGAACUUGGGUCUUUACCCAAGAAGCUAUUAGGAAGGCCUUGGUUGAAAUGAUUAUAAUAGAUGAACUACCUUUUAGAUUUGUGGAGGGUCUAGGGUUUAGGAAGUUCAUUCUGGUGGCUUGUCCUAGGUUUAAGAUUCCAUCUAGAUGGACAAUUAGUAGAGACAUCAAUCUGAUUUAUGAAGAGGAAAUGAUGAAGUUGAAAUAUGAAGAGGGGAAGCUUCAUAAGAAGAGUAUCUCAUUUGUCCCUGUUACAUCACAUAAGGGUGAGUCUGUUGCAAAAGUCCUAGAAACCUGUUUGCUUGAUUGGGGGAUUAGGAAUGUGUACACUAUAACAGUAGACAACGCUUCAUCAAAUGACACUGCCAUAGUUGUGCAAGAUGGGCUGAAACAAUGUGAUGCUUCUGUGAAAAAGGUUAGGGAGGCUAUAAUUUAUGGUAGGAGUUCACCUGCUAGACUUAAGAAAUUUAGGGACUUGGCUGAGUGGAAUGGGAUUGAACAGAAAUCUUCUUUGUGUCUAGAUGUUCUAACCAGAUGGAACUCUACAUAUCUUAUGUUACAAUCUGCAAUUACAUAUGAGAAAGUGUUUGAGUCACUUGAAGAAAGUGAUAGUUCCUUCAAAGCAGAUUUGGGUGAUUCUGUUCCUGAUUUUCUUGAUUGGGAGUUUGUGAAGAGUUUGGGUGGAAGCUGGUGGGUCUGUAAACAAGAAAUUGGUGCUGAUGGUGGCAGUGGAACUGAAAGGAGUGCUGGUUCUACACUUCAUACGAUUCCUCUGGCAUCUGGCUUUGAAGAAGAAGAACAGUAG